CCGCGAGAUCAGCUUUGCAAAACCUGGCCAAUCACGCACGUUUUUAUUUCACAGUAAAACUGCCGACGACUUUUCUGAAAAACUAACUGAAGUUAACCAAUCGACAGCCUCGUUACAUAAACAUAUUUCUCCAUUUUGGCUUAAACUAUUUCUCCAUGUAUUCAAGGGCAUCCCGGCGAUUAAUACCCGUGUUCACCAAGCCAUUUCAAUCUAAAUCGUACGAAGGUUUGCUUAAGAGAGUGACAAUGGCGAGCUCACAGCCAAAGAGACCCAAAGUCGUAACCGUGGACAAUAUGAAUCCACACGUCAGGACCAUGGAAUAUGCCGUCCGAGGCCCCAUUGUUGCAAGAGCGACGGAAAUAGAGAAGGAAUUGGCUGCGGGUCAAAAGAAACCAUUUCCUGAUGUAGUAAAAUGUAACAUUGGUGAUGCCCAUGCAUUGGGUCAACAACCUAUUACAUUUAUCAGACAGGUAAUUGCCCUAGCUACAUAUCCUGAACUGCUAAAUAGUGACCAAUUCCCAGAAGAUGCCAAGAAACGAGCAAGAAGGGUUAUUGGUGGAUGUAAAGGUGGUAGUGUUGGUUCUUACAGCGACAGUGUUGGUAUUGAGCCAAUCAGACAAGACAUUGCAGCGUUUAUUGAAAGGCGCGAUGGACAUCCUAGUAAUCCAAAUGAGAUUAUGUUAUGUGCUGGUGCCAGUGAAGGUAUUAGGUCUCUACUGAAAUGCAUGGUGUCUGGUGAAGGGAAGAACAGAUCUGGUGUGAUGAUACCCAUCCCACAGUACCCACUGUAUUCAGCUUCUCUAGCAGAGUUUGGAUGUGAACAGAUUGGUUAUUACAUGGAUGAAGCAACAGGCUGGAGUCUCGGAAAACCAGAAUUAAAACGUUCUAUCACUGAGGCCAGAAAGCACUGCAAUCCGGUAGCUAUUGUGGUUAUCAAUCCAGGAAACCCCACUGGUCAAGUAUUGAGUCUCGAUAACAUCAAAGACAUUAUUCAAUUUGCAUAUGAAGAGAAAUUAUUUAUCAUCGCCGAUGAGGUCUAUCAAGAGAACAUCUAUGCUAAAGGUGCUAAAUUCCAUUCUUUCAAGAAAGUUUUGCGCGAGAUGGGUCCCGAAUAUCAGACAAUGGAGUUAGCGUCAUUCUAUUCUACCUCUAAAGGGUUUAUGGGAGAGUGUGGUUUACGUGGUGGAUACCAAGAAGCUAUCAAUAUUGAUCCUGAUGUAUUUGCUAUGCUUAAGAAGUUAAUUUCAGCAAAACUCUGUCCAACAGUACUAGGACAGAUUGCCAUGGAGUGUACAGUGAAUCCUCCAACACAAGGUGAACCAUCCUACGACCAGUUCAUUAAAGAGAAGAAGAUUGUUUUAGAUGCAUUAGCCGAGAAAGCUAAGUUAGUGGCUGAAACAUUUGAUGCUGUAGAGGGUGUCUCCUGCAAUGAAGUCAUGGGUGCUAUGUAUGCAUUCCCAAGAAUACAUCUACCAAAGAAAGCCAUUGAAAAAGCUAAGUCAAUCGGCAUGCAACCUGAUGCCUUUUACUGUAUGCAGUUCCUUGAAGAGAAGGGCGUAUGUGUUGUUGCUGGCUCUGGAUUCUGUCAAGUUGAAGGAACAUACCAUUUCAGAAUGACUAUCUUGCCAUCUGUUGAGAAGAUUAAGGAUGUAAUGCAGAGAUUCCGGGAGUUCCACAGUAAAUUCAUGGAGGAAUAUAAAGACUAGAAUUGCAUAGAAACUCAUUGCUGUGUUACAGUGAUAUCCAAUAUGUAAACUGUGUGACAGUUUAGGAUCUCGCUUUAUGACAUGUAUUGUACUUGUAAAUCAUAGUUUUUCUUAGAUUAGAAAAAUAAUGAUAUUUCCCAAAUAUAAUUUAUUUGCCCCAGCUAUUUACUAAAAUUACAAAAUAUGUAAAUUAGUCUGCAUAAUAUUUUGGACAUGUAUUUGUAAAUACAACAGAUGUUUUCUUUCUAAAUAGACCAUUUUCCGUUCACUGCGAGAAUCACGCGUUAUGCGUGAAAUCGAACGUAAAAACAGGACAAACAAAGGUCAUAGCGUCGUAGUCGCGUCAAACAUCGCGUGGGAUUCGACAAACGCGAAAGUAUUUCGGGGACAUUUCCAUGCUUAAUAAUGUGCUGUCCACAUUUGAUGAUAGGCAAUUUCGAUUAAGUGAGGGUAUUCGGAAGCAAUAUUCCUCUGUCGAAGAUCGGCCGGUCAAUGUAAGCUGCGAAAUAAAGAAAUUCUAGUUCAAAAUCAAAUUGUUCGAUUUUUGCGGCAGACGUUCGACGCGCGUCUUUCAUGCAUUUCACGAGAUCUCUCAAUUGUACGGAAAAUCACCUAUUCACUACAAUGUGUGCUAGGUUUACUGAGAUGAUAUGCACAGUUUGUUCUUUCUGACAGUAUUGUAAAUUGUCAAUCUGAGAUAGAAUCUAGCAUAGAUUGCAAUAACUUUGUAACUAUAAAAAUGUAUUAUUGCUUAAACAUAACUACUUUCAUGAUUAAAACUGAAAUCUGUUUACAGCAACUUCCAGAAGCAUUGGGGCAGCAAACUUAUUCACUAAUUCACUGACAACUUUAGUCUACAAUUUGAAUUUUGUCCUUUUUUCUGUUACUAUCAAUCACUGAUGACCUUCAUAGAACAAUACAAUACCAGCAAGUGUUCUACAAUUAUUUGUAGGCCAUUUGCUUAGUCAAAACCAAGGAACUAUGUUCUCUAAUUUUCAUCCCUUUAAAAAAAACAGAGCUGUAAUGUGAAUCAUGUUAAUUAUUGUGCUAUAUCAGCUUUUUAUUGAAUUAAAUGUAUUAUAAUUCAUUUCAUGAAUAAAAAAAGUUA